AUGUUUCUGACAGUCAGCUGUUACAGGGAAGUUUUACCAUGGUCGGAUAGCUCUCUCUCUGUUCCUGUUCCUGUUCUUGCACUCUCUUCUGCGACACUACUCGCUUUGCUUCCGUCUUUUGUGUUACUGCAGCUUUUAACGCACAGGAAAGCCUGCUCGUCAAGUCUAAUUCUGAUCCAGACUUAAACUUCGGAACUUCGGAAUGAGUUUGAACGAACAUUCCAUGCAGGCUCUCUCAUGGAGAAAAUUGUACCUGAGUCGGGCCAAGUUGAAAGCUGCCAGCCGCACUUCAGCUCUUUUGUCGGGGUUUGCAAUGGUUGCCAUGGUGGAGGUGCAGCUGGAAAAUGACUUUGAUUAUCCUCCAGGGUUGCUGAUAGCCUUUAGUGUGUGCACAACAGUGCUAGUUGCAGUGCACCUUUUUGCACUCAUGAUUAGCACCUGCAUCCUCCCUAAUCUCGAGGCAGUCAGCAAUGUUCACAACCUCAAUUCGGUGAACGAGUCUCCCCAUGAGCGCAUGCACCGUCACAUUGAACUGGCUUGGGCUUUUUCCACUGUCAUCGGCACACUUCUCUUCCUCACAGAGGUGAUGCUCCUCUGCUGGGUCAAGUUUUUACCCCUGAAGACGAACACGGAAACAAAUGACACCACCAUUAGUUCUGGCCGAGCUGCAGCCAUCGCUUCCACUUCCAUCAUGGUGCCUUUUGGGUUGGUUUUUAUUGUGUUCGCCGUUCACUUUUAUCGCACACUCGUCAGUCACAAAACGGACCGGCAGAUUCGAGAACUCGAGCAAGUUAUUCGGCUGCAGAACCAACUGGACCACAGGAUGGAAAAUGAGGACUUGAAGGCUGUUGACCAUUUUGCUUGAUUCAUUUGCUUUGCUUACUUGCAAUAGCAGGGGACAUUCUGCAGUGCUUUUGCUGUGAAAUUAUUUUUUUGUGGACAGUGCUUAUAUAGUCCUUUUUAUCUUUCGGGCACUGAAGGUUUAAUGAUUUCCUGUUGACGUUUUCUUGCAUAUUAUUCAGCAUGAAAACAUGACUCGUGCUGAUUUAUUUCUCUAGCACCUACCAAUGUAUGCCAAACUCGUAUGGAGGAAUUAUUAUGGUUCAACGUAAUCAAUGUAGUAAUUUUUUUUGAUUAAAGGAAAUAUUGCCAAUUUUAUAUGACCAAAAAUUCACAGUUAGAAUUUGUUGCCAUCUCUGUUAGAAAAGAACGGUUUAAAGCAAAUCUCUGAAUUCACAUAGUUGCAUGAAAUCGCAUAUGCACACAUAUCACCUAACGGACAUUCGUGACAAAGUGUUUGCAUAAUCCUGCUCACGUGCAACAGAAGAAAAAAAAAAUACCUGUCAUAAUGAUGCAUCUUUUAGUUGACCACACUGGAGCUUUGGGUUUAACUGCAUUCAAGAUUAUUUUGUGUUGAAGUUUAUUUGGUGAAUGCGUCUUAGUUGAUAGUUAACAUGCUUUUGCUCGCAUGUUGGAAAUGUUGAUAGUUUACAUGCUUUAGCAUGCUCACAUGUUGGAAAUCUUACAAGUAUUAUUGUCCUGUGGCACAUGUUGAAUUAUGUUAGUGUUUUUCAUUUUGUUUUGAAUCCCCAAAAUAUUUUAUUGGGGGAGGGUGUGGGGGCCCAAAGCCAAUGGAUAUGCUGAAAUGAGACAUACGGUACAUGCAUGCGAGUAUGCAGAUAUAAAUACCAUUUACUGGGUCAUGUGACAAUCAAAGAGCCUCUCAGCUCACCUAUUGUGCCUUGUUUAUAACAGAUAACUGCUCUGUUCCAUAAGUUGACUUUUGUGGUUUAUUUAUUCAACUGAUGGUAUUGUAUAUACAAAGUAUCCAUGAACGUGUUUUACUAUGUAAGGUGACACUGCAGCAUAUCCUAUGAGCUGUAUCAAGGUGGGGUUUGUUGCCAAUUUCAAAAUAAAACACAUUUUAUGUUACUUGA